CUGCAACAGAUUCCGCUCUGCGAUCAUUCCCUUCCAACGCAAAUCCAGAUCUUCUGGAUUUUUUGAGCAAUUAACCACUGAGGGAUGGACACAUUGAUUGACGCUCAAUAAGGAAUCAUCCUCUUCACUAUGGCGUCGUCCCUCGCCGCGCAGUUGUCGCAAAUCGCGGCCAACUCCACCAACCAGUUGAAUCUCAAGGCACAGCGAGUUGCGCAUUCGCAAUCUUUAAUUUUCGGCAAGCGAGUCGCCGGAUCUCAAGACUUUGACACGAUAUAUGACAUUUGCUACGAUGGCUUCCGAGAAAUAUGUCAGCUCGAUGCCCGUUUUGCGCAGUUCGAGCGCUCACUCUUCAGCGAGCAAAGCAAAUCGCAGGAACGAACAGAAAUGUCCGCAGAGCAGAACAAGGAGCUAGAUACAGUGCUGGAGGCCUUCCUAGCCUUGGUUGGCGGGAGACUAUUGCUGAACCCGGCCGUAAAGGCUGUGGAGUGGCUCGUGAGGCGCUUCCGUAUACACGAGUACAACACUGAGUUUACAAUUCUCACAUUCCUACCUUAUUACCCAACUCCUCUUUUCCUGAACCUUCUCACGAUCCUCCCCGAAGAUCUCCCGCCGACGUUCAAAGUGCUCAUCCCGUACAAGCGAAGUGGGAUCAAUCCAGUUCGCCAGGCCGUUGUGCAGAGCGCUAUCGCAAAUAAAAACGUGAUCACUGCCCUCAACCACCAUGUCAUCCAAGUCAGUGAACAACGGGCCCACCACCACGCCUUGUUAUCUUUCUGGGCGGGAAUAGUCACCGAGGGCGUUGCGGGGAUGUUGGAUUCCUCCCGCUCGGGUCGGAGAAAUGUCGAAAAGCAAAACCAUGACGAUAUCAUACUUCAAAUACUUCCUGUGCUGAAUGAAGGGUUGUCUUUGAAGGAUGUUUCUGAACUUGUUAUUGGCUGCUACAUGAUUUGCGUUGUCCUCGCACAGAAGGCAGAACUUCAAGACCGGGUGCUGGACGGUUUGAUGGAAGCUGUUGUAGGAUCCUGGACUGAAGAGACAUUGAGCUCUGGACUCAUCUGUGUCUCUGUACUGGCGCAGCAAAAGCCGGUUGCGGUUUUGCCAAAGCGGGUUUUCAAGGCUCUGCUUCGCUUGGAUGAACCCUUGAAACAGCUGGCUGAAAUUUCGGCGGAGUACAAAACUUCCCAGCUCCUUCUUGGGAUUGUGUCCGGCUGUAUCAGCAAUCUAUCGGGCCAGAAAGAUACUUCACGCCUUGAUAUGCUGUCCUUGAUGUUUGAGAGCCAGCUUCUGGGCGAUGUCGAAUUGGCAAAGGCCAUGGCGCUGGUUGUCCAGGCAGCAAGCAAUUUGGACGGGUCAAUAACCCUUGAUGUUCAGACACACCUUGCAGACCUCAUUCAACACUUCUCUCGAUCGACAGCACUCCAGCCUACUUUCCAGAAGAUGAUAACAGAAACAUCACUUGACCUCACGGUAUUAGAACACAAUUUGCAGACGGCCAUCGAAGCUGUUCCUGCUCCCAAGGCAAUUGAAGACGUUGAAAUGCAGGAUGUGGAUCAGGAAGAAACAGUAUCAGACGGCUUCGCGUCAGGCCUUGAAUCGCUAGGGAAAGAGAGUCCCUUCACCGGUUCAUUCCUCGAGGAACGGUCCAUUCCAGUAUUCGACAGGCUUGUCCAAGUCUUCGCUCUGGCCGCUGCUUCUCAAGAGAAAAUCAGUUCGUUUAUUGAACUGCCUGUUCUAGGCAAAUCUAACGCUACAACCUCGCCACAAUUUCUCACCUUUUUCGUUCGUGUCUCUACAGGUCCCUAUCCCGAUGGCACAAGAGCAGCCGCCCUAAAGACUAUUUCUGCCUUGCUCAUCUCCGCCUCGAACGACGUUGACCUCCAAGCGCUACUGCCUUUCCUCCUAGUUGCUCUGUCAGAUCAAUCAGAAAGAGUUCGCCGUGAGGCUGUCGAUCUCCUAGCCAUUGUUGGCAAAUUGGAUGCGAAGAAGAAGAGCGGCCAAUCGGCCAAUGUUUGGGCUCAGAACUCUAUUUACGGCAAAGAGCGAUCGAAAAACGUUUCUUGGCUUCCUAUCAAAGACUUCCAGAAGAUUCUAGAGCGCGCUCUGCUUCCGGGUCUGGAGGAAUACAAGUCUGACCAGGACCACAUUGGUCGGGCUCUCGAAAGUGCUUUGCGUGGGACUCCGGCAUCAGAAAACACCGCCUUUGAACUGAAGAAGCCUCUGCGAUUGGCUUUCUUCACUUUCCUUUGUUCACAUGCUGUGCAGGUGCCGCUUUUUGCGCCCAAGUCUGGGUUACUUCGCCUUCUCAACCGAAUUGACAAGGCCGGUGGCACAACUCGAACUAAGGAACUCGAGACUAUUCUGAAGUCAUGGAGGAGUCUCAGUGAUCGGGAGGUUAAGGAUAUUCACGAGAAAGAGCAUGUUUCGGUAUCCGAAGUCGAGGACCAGGUCCUCAAGACCGUCACGUCAAAGGAAAAGGAUUCCCUGGCUUUGCUUCUAUCCAGUGUCAGCCCGUACUCGACGACUUUGCGAUCUUCGUUUGUCUCUUCCGUUUUCGGCCGUAUGAAGGAUAUCUGGGCCAAGGUUUCAGAGGAUCGAAAAGUCGUUGCAGCUGAGAAGCUAUUUGAGCUCUCAAUCCAGGACGAGUCUCCGCUCAUCAAUAACUGCCGGGAACUCCUACGCAAUGUCGAGCUCCCUGGCGCCGUGCUGCUCAACUACCUUCAGCAGAUUCCUUCCUCGAUUACCGACAUCGACAGCCUAGGACCAGCGCCAAAGCGGAGACGUACCAGCCAGAACAACAUGAUCGCUAUGACAACCAAGGACGAGGCUAAGCUUAGCAAGCUGAUGGAUAAGAUGACAUUCAUCCUAGAGCUCGUAGACAGCUUUAACCCUGAAGCUCAUCCUGAACUCACAGAAGGCCUGUUCCAAACUUUGGCCGCUCUUCAUCACUUCAAGUCUCAAAUCCAGUCUGGCAUGAGCUACUUGCUCAGCUUGACACUCGGCAGCCUCCUCGCCAUUGUCAACCGGUCCAAGGAUACUGCUAAACCACUCUUUGACACGUCCGUUGUCCGUGCCGAUAUGGUUGUUGACUGCGUUCGCACCACCGACAGCCCUCAGGUGCAAAACACCGCUCUCCUCUUGGUUGCUGGUCUAUCCGUGAUCGCACCAGAGCUCGUCCUCCACAGUGUAAUGCCGAUUUUUACCUUCAUGGGAUCUAGCGUCCUGAGGAAAGAUGAUGAUUACUCGGUAUCCGUUAUCGACCAGACUAUCGACCAAGUUGUUCCUGCGCUCAUCCAGUCGCUGCGCCAUCAGAAGCGCGAUGUCGUCUCUGGCACUUCGGAGCUCUUGCUCAGCUUUACUGCCGCGUUUGAGCAUAUUCCCUCGCACCGCCGUCUGCGGCUGUUCCACGCUCUCAUCACGAAGCUCGGGACAGAAGAAUUCUUGUUUGCGGUUCUGGCUAUGCUUGCCAACAGGUAUUCUAUGGAUAAGGCUGUUCUCGUCUUAAUGACCGGUCUGGUGUCUGAUGCUAGUGCUGUUGUCGAAUUGACCACGUAUAGCAAGUUCCUUGACUUGGUGAGCGACUCGCUCAAGGCCAAGCCUGGCAUUUCACAGGUUCUCCUUGGCAUUGGCAGUGAUGAUGGGCGAGAGCCGCAAAAGGUGGCAGUUGACCUGCUACGCGCGUUGGCCUACCUUUUCAAGCAUUCGUCGCUGAAGGUGAAGAUUUCCAGAGUGCUCACAACAGAAACGGGAGAUGCCGACCAGAUUCGCGGCCUGUUCUCCAAGAUCCUCGAGCAGGUCCUGGCAAUCGGCGAGUCCAUGCAAAGCGUCAAGCCUGUCCACCAAGCUGCAGGCGAUGUGCUCAGUGGGCUAUUCAGUACACUCACCACGAUUGACUUCCUUGAUACAAUUGAAGCCUUGCUCCAACGCCCUGAUGACGCCCUUCGCCGCAAGGUCCUUAACCUGCUUGGUACCCGUCUGCAACAAACCCCCGAGCGGGAUGGCGAAUCGCAAAUGCGCAUGCUGGACUUCUUGGCUGUCUUGGUUGGCAUCGUCGAGUCAUCUCCGGAUAUUCUGCUCAAGCAUGGCGCUGUCACUUGCAUCGAUCGCAUCACUGAGAAGUAUGGUAAGAAGGAGCCGUCCAAGGUCACUCACGCCGCCCAGGUCGUUGCCAGUGCUUCGUGCAUUGGCCAGGAGGACGAUCGCAUCCGCAUCAAUGGUGUUCUGUGCCUCGCUUCUAUGGUCGAAGUGCUGGGCCAGGCAGUCAUCCCUGCCCUCCCCGAAAUCCUCAACCGAUCUAUUGGUCUGCUCGAGUUGAGCCUGGAGGACGGAAAGAUCAACGCCAGGCUGCACGACGCUGUCUUCACCCUCUUCUCCGCUCUCUUCGUUCACCUUCCUUACAUGGUUUCGGGCUCUCACCUGGACCGUCUACUCGUCCUUUCAUUCAAGUCCGCCGUCUCCGAAGAUGUCGACGACGAGAACCGCCAAGAAGCGCUCCGCUUCAUGGCCCGAAAGGUCGACAUGGCUUCAACCUUGGCUUCUAUCGACCGCAACUGGCAGCAAGCCGUUUCCGCUGGCCCUGCCGCUACGCGCGAAGUCCUCGAGGCCGUAAGCCUAAGCAUCGAAAAGCACCCGAAGUCUGCAACUAUGAAGAACCUGGCCGUGCUGUCGAGCAUCCUUUUCCGUGCAUUCGACCUGCGUCGCGAGCAAGUCGUUCUCGUGCCCAAGUCCGCCUUUGACGUUUCGGACCUCGAGGCGAUUGAGGAUCUCUUCAACGAUGUGAUGAUCAAGAUGAUCUACAAGCUCAACGAUACGACUUUCCGACCCAUCUUUACGAAGCUGGUCGCGUGGGCAACUGGUCUUCCGAAGAAAGAUUCACUGGGCACGCUCGCCCGGUUGACGACGUUCUACCGGUUCCUGCAGGUCUUCUUCGGUACUCUCCAGUCCAUCGUAACCGGCUACGCAAGCUACGUAAUAGACAACGUCGCUUCGGUCCUCACAACAGCCAACCCCUCCAACCCCGCUACAAAAUCUCUCUGGCUAGCCAUAAUGCGCAUGCUCCGAAGCGCCUUUGAGCAUGACCAGGACGAAUUCUGGCAAUCCCCAUCGCACCUAACAAAAAUCACCACCCCGCUAAUCACCCAACUCCGCCACGCUACAUCCCCGACAACCCUAAGCACAAUAACCACCGAAACAAUCCCCACAAUCACCGAGCUCGCCAUCGCCGCCGACUCAACCGACAACCACAAGGAGAUCAACAGCGCCCUCAUGCGCUUCCUGCGCCCGGGCUCCUCCGUACCAUUCUCCUCUGCUACCUCCGGGAAAAAGAGCGCUGGUUCUGCUUCUGCUUCUGGCGGCGAGAACCCGCAUACUCGCAUCGCGGCCCUGAAGACGCAGCAGAGUUUGACGGAUCACCUCGGGGAGGACUGGCUAGCGCUCCUGCCGGAGAUGCUGCCGUAUAUCAGUGAGUUGAUGGAGGAUGAGGAUGAAGGUGUCGAGAAGGAGGUUAGAGUUUGGGUUAAGCAGAUUGAGGGCGUGUUGGGGGAGAGGUUGGAUGAUAUGUUGACUUAGAUGGCCACGCCAUACCACAUCACAUAACGCUACCAUGUGCUGUCUGUGGGUGCGGCGGCGUUUGGUGUUUUUGUUGUCGUUGUUUUGUAUAUAUGAUGCAUAGUCAUGUGGAAAAGUUACCUAUUGUAGAGGGAUUACUUCUUGUUUAGGGAGAUAGAAAGAAAGUCCAUUUUCAUCGUUCAUUUGUCGGUCGACUGGUGCGUGGUAUGUUAUGUAUGGUAUGCAUAUCCUUCUAAAUAUGCUACGUUCAUUCAUCUCAGAUACGUAUCUCGUAUCUUCAACCCGUCUCAUCAUCGGCAUACUCUAAUCCACAUAGGUGACCUCGCUACGCAGUCGGACCAACUCCCCUCUGUCAGAUCCUGCAACAGCACCAUCUAGAUCUAGAUAGAUAGAACGCAGAUAGAUGAAAAGGCGCGAUCUAAAUCCCAGAUCCCUCAUGCGAACCCCUUUCGCAAAUUCUCAAACCUCGAUGCCGGGUACUCGAGCUGGUUCUGCGAUCUCUCCAGGGCGUCGGUGCCGCCGAUGGAGUUUACGAACUAUACAACGAAUCAGCCCCCGUUAGCAUCGAACCAAACCCAACCCACUCAAUCACCAACGACGAAUGAACUUAAAACAAGAAGACAGAUAAAUAUACCGUUUCAACCAAACU